AUCCUGUUCCGGAUAACUCCAACUAUGGACUGCUACGAUUGAUUCCGGACGGCUCUGACCUCAAAUAAUUUCGACUCUGAUUUCAGAUAAAUCCAAGUGCGACUUCGACUCCGGAUGAUUCUGACUUCAACUUCAGACGUGUCUAAUUCCAGAUAAAUCUGAUUCCAGAUAUCUUCGACUCGAGACUACUCCAAAUCCCAACGAUUUAGACAUCGGGCGGCUCUAACUACGGGCGUUAGUUUUGGCGGUUCCAAAUUCGCCCGACUCGGAAUUGAAUUUACCAUACCCGUAGCUGGUUCGAUACCGUGGAUACGUUCCACUCUGACUACAGUCUGCCAUCGCUAGCCCAAACCACUGGAAGGGUUGGGGGACGAGAAAUUCGAUACCUCACGGUGGUUGCGCUCGCUCAAUCACGGCGGAUUAGCGUACCAAUGAAGGUUGAUUAGGGAGAGAUCAAUUGGCUACAAAUAGAGCAUCGCUUGGGUCGGCCCACCGUUAGUAACGAUCAAACCGUUCGCCCGGAUACAGCAGAGCAUGGCCAAGUCACCGGGCAGCAGGCACAUCUUGCAGCUCUCCCAGGAGCAGGCUCGCCACUUUAUCGACUCGUUCGACACUGUUCUGCUCGAUUGCGAUGGUGUCCUCUGGACCGUGUUCGACGCCAUCCCGGGCGCUGACAAAGCCCUGCAGCUGCUUCAGACGCACGGCAAGCGCGUCAAGUUCAUCACUAACAACAGUGUGCGGCCGUUCGCGAGCUACCGGCAGCAGCUGCUCGCACUGGGCCUGGACGUGCAGGAGUCGGACAUCGUACAUCCGGCCCGCUCCAUCGUCCAGUAUCUCCGGGCGCGCCAGUUCGAAGGUUUGAUCUACUGUCUCGGCACGGAACAGUUCAAGGGCAGCUUGCGGGAGGCCGGCUACCAGCUAAUCGACGGUCCGCACCAACCGUUGCCCGAGUCCUUCCGGGAGAUCAUUGCGACCGUGCACGACGAUGCACCCGUGCGAGCCGUCAUCGUCGACGUUGACUUUAACGCCAACUAUCCGAAGCUGAUGCGGGCGGAGAUGUAUCUGCGGCGCCGUGCCGACUGUUUGCUUAUAGCCGGUGCGUCCGACAAGACGAUCCACGUGCGGGACGGCUGCGAGAUCAUUGGGCCGGGCUGGUUCGUGGAGAUGCUGGAGCGGGCGGUCGGUAGGCGGGCGGUACUGCUCGGCAAGCCCGGCUACCAGCUGCGGGCCGGUGUGGUGCAGGAGUACGGGCUGGAGUGUCCGGGCCGUACGCUGCUCGUGGGCGAUAUGCUCGCGCAGGACAUGCGGUUCGGGGCGCUGUGCGGUUUCCAGAAGCUGCUGGUGCUGUCGGGCGGUACCACGCAGGAGCAGAUGGAGCAGGCUGCCAACUCGCUCGACGAGCCGGACUACCAUGCGGACAGUGUGGCGGAUUUGGUUCGACUGUUUGAACGAAUCGACGACUAAUGCUCUGCCCUAUAUAGGGUAGGGAACAUUUAAAGAACCAUUCUAUGUACUGCUGGAUAGUUGAAGUUUUUCUAAUGAUAAUAAAAAGAAGCUUUUGAAGGAGACGUUUCCAUUGCAA